AAUAAAUAAAGUUUAGUCAAAUAAAAAAAGAUGUUCACACUACUAAUUGUGUUACAGAUUCCGAAAUUCGCAUAACACAAAUAGUUAUAUUAUCACGUAGGGAUAUAUACUUUCACUUUGUUUGUUUAGAUAUUAUUCAACGGUCGACAACAUCAAGUGAUUCCUUUAUCAAUGGUGCGGAGCCACCAGCAGCAAGAAGAUUGAAGCGAAUCCAACAGUAGAGCAUAAUUCUUUUCUACUUUUUCCAUCGUCUGAUCCGUGUUCCACCUCCCUCCCGCGCCAGAAGCAUAUAUCUUCCUUCCAUAACUUAACAGCACCGUUGAAAAUGGAACCCGAAUCCGCCGGCAAAAGGAUGUCAAGCCAAUCAACGGCUACCACGCUACGCACCCCCUAGAUCCGCCGCUGUUGCCAUUCCCGUCUUUUUCUGCCUCCUCAAAACUUCAUUAAAUUAAACCCUUUCAACUUGCGUGGAUUGGGUAGUCACCAGCUAGCAGAGCAGAGCAGAGGAAAAAAAAAAUGGAUCAUCAUCAUCAGAACGGAAACCAUUACACUGCUCCAUCAUCUGCAUACAAUCCGUACAUGGAGACGGUGCCAGUUCAUCCCGAUUCCGCCCCCACCGCCAACAACAGACCGUUAGAGAAGAUGUGUGUUGCCGUGGGCCGUUGCGGGAGGAGAUUUGAAGACGCCACCAAGAAAGCAGAGGGUUACGCCGAUGGCAUCUGGCGUCACCUGAAGGUGAGCCCCAAUUUGGCGGACACAGCCAUGGCCAGGAUCCAACAGGGGACGAAGUUAUUAGCAGAAGGCGGAACAGAGAAAGUGUUCAGCCGGACGUUUGGGAGUCUGCCGGAGGAGAAGCUGCUCAACUCGUACGCUUGCUAUCUCUCCACUUCCACCGGCCCGGUGAUCGGCACCCUCUAUGUCUCUAACAAGAGAGUCGCCUUCUGCAGUGAUUUCCCCUUACUGGCUUAUCGCUCCCCCACUGCAGGACACCACCAACAAUGGCUGCAUUACAAGGUGGUGAUGAGGGUUGAGCAGUUGAGUAGGGUGAACUCAUCCCGAAGUUCCUCAGAAAGAUACAUUCAGCUGGUGACAGUGGACAAUCAUGAAUUUUGGUUCAUGGGGUUCAUCUCUUUCGAUAGAGCACUCGAGCAGUUACGAGAGCUUUUGCAUCCGACAACGGUCUCGCCAUCAUCGGCUGAAAUCCUUAUUAAAUAGCACUCUGCAACUGCAAAAUGUUGUAUCUCUACCCCUGUUUGUUUCCGUCAAUCAAUAUUCCGAUAUAAUCUUGGACAUCCUCUCGAAUGUAACUGUGAUGUUAAAUAAUUCUACAAUGCCCUAUCCCUCUUUGUUAAGUACAUAAUGCAUGUUGCAUUAUGUAAUAUAUAUCACAUUUUUUUUUUAACUUGAGUGCAUAAAUAUAUAAGACCUGUGAUGAUGGUUAUAUGUAUUUAGUGCUCCUGGUUGAUUAAGUAUUCAAAUUUUAACUUAUCGAUCCCACUGUUUAAAUUAUUGUAUAUCUUCAGUUGUUUAUGUUGUUUUGAUUUUUUCUUUGAUAAUGUUCGAUCGGAAAAUUCUGCACAGCAUAAUCCGAUUCAUUAUAUUAUUCAAAAUGACAUCUAAUUUUAUAUAUUUUGAAGGAAAAAAGGUACCAUGAUGGUACAGUUUGGCAGAAUAGAAAUUUAUAUCAUGGUGGUAUAUAUAUAUAAAUGUACAAUGGUGAUAGAAAUAUAUUAUAGUAUAAAAUGUUGAUAUACAAUGGUGGUGGUGAAUACUUCGGCGCACUCACAAAAAUGACUGCGUUCAAUACACCCAACUCAAAAACUAGUCUUAAGGAGUUGGAUUUUGAAUUUAAUUUGUAGAAUUAGUAUAAUAUGAUGAUAAACAUAUGAUAACAACUAAUUAGCGUGUUAUAAACGCGCUGCUAUGGAUCGGGAAAUCGUCGGAAUCGACAAAGCAAGGAUACGAAAGCGAGAAUCGAAAAACACAGACACACGAUUUACGUGGUUCACUAACUCGAUGUGUGUUAGCUACGUCCACGGGCGAGAGAGAGUCAGUUUCACUAUAUCGAGGAGAUUACAGAUUACAGAGGAGUAUGAGAAGUAUUUAUAGUACUUCUCAAUGUGGGUCUAAACCUAAUCCAAUCUGGUAAAGGAAACGGUUACAGACCAGGCCCAGAACCCGAUUACCAGUCGUAGCGGCUGAUAGUUCGAUUCAAGUCACAUCAACAUAGCGGAUUACCCUAAGCCCUAGACCUCCAAUUUUGAGUUCUAUCCCUAAACCCCAAACUGUAAACCCUAACUCUAACCCUAGAUCUUUAAACUCUAAAUCCUUCAAAUUAAAACAAAUCUUUCAU